AUGGCGGAAGUACUACUUCUGGCGGGGAUAGGAAUAUUAUUGUUUUGUUUGUUGUUGACACUGUUGGGCUUGGUGAUUUACUCUGGGUUAUUUGAUCAUGUAACUGUUGGGACCGGUAAGCCACCCAUAGGAGAGGUAACUAUUGCGUACAAGUUUGGGCGAGGACCUUACAAAGGAGCAGGCCAGCUGUGCAGUGACAUCAGUCUUAUUGCUCCUCCAGGCCACCGAGUUGUCUGCAUUUACUACGAUGACCCCAAAGUGGUCCCCUCUGACAAGUUGCGUUAUGCUGUUGGAGGAAUUCUAUCUGAGGAUGGUAAACCAGAAGAUGAAGAAUUCAAAAAGAAGUUAUUAGGCGAAGGAUAUAAGAUGUUUACACUGCCGAGUGUGUCCUUUGCUGUCAGCACAUUCUUCCCCUAUAGAAGUACACUGUCAAUAUUCAUGGCCAUAUUUAAAGUGUACCCAGCCUUGGGCUCCUACAUAGAGGAGCAUUGUCUUUGUGCCCAUCCAAUGUUGGAGAUUUAUGAUGCAGACAAAAUCCACUUCAUGGCUCCUCUUGCCAAACAGAGUGAGUUUUAUGUGGAGGAGGCUGAAGAGGAGAGCGGUCUAAAUUUGGAUGAUACUGCAGACUUCGACUCUGAAGGUAUGUCCUUUGAUGAAAGUAUGAUUGACAGUAGCGUCUCCCGCAGUGAGGCCUCUGCCACAACUUUCAUGGGGGAGCCAUCAGAUGAUGAUGAAGAACCUGCUGAAGAAACACCUUCCAAGAUGUCAGUAAAAUCGGAAGCAAGGGAGACAAUUCAUAGAAAUGAGAAUCAAGAACUAAUAGAUUCUGGAUUUAGCUCCGAACAAGUAAUUAGUCCAGAAAUAAGUCCUCAGAAGAAUAACAGUGCUGAGGAAAAUUCUGGUGGUAUAUCAGAUGGCAAUGAUUCAAGUUCCUCCUUCGAGGAAAUACAGAUGGAUCCUGACCAGGAACUGAUGCCUUCAGGAAGCACAGCUAAAUGAAUGUUGCAACCUUAAAUAAGUUUCAUUAAUUAAUGAUAGAGGAGUUAAUUGUGGUCAGGGAUCACUUUAUUUACACAGAUAUAUGCUUCACAGAUCCAUAAAGAUUCACCAGAUCAUGUCCUAAAAUGUCCAGCAUGUUGCAGAUUUCUUUUCCUAUUUGGUGGCCCAUUUAUGUAACUGAUAGUACGUUUUGUAUUUUUGAUGAUUGGUCCAACUUUCCUGACACUACUUCAAAGUAUACAUGUGUGUAGUUUAAAAAUAUUGUACAUUAUACAUUGUACAUUAUAAUGAGCUCAAAUUAGAAGUAUCAUAAAUUAACUCACAUGAGUAGGUGGCAAGGUAUGUUAUGCUUAUAAAGCCAGCAGUUACUACUCGAUAUGGAGUCUGACCAUUCAAUGGCCAAUACGACAGUUCUGUCCAUGUAAAAGUAGACAGUGUUGUGUAUCAUUGCAAAUAUAGAUUGUACUGUCAGGUUGUUACUGCUGAACAGGACAGGGUUGUCAUUGGUCAUUGUAUUAUAAGACUGCUGUAAGUGUUAUGUGUCACUACAAACUUGGGACAUUACUGUCAGUGUGUCACUACAAACUUUGGACAUUACUGUCAGUGUGUCACUACAAACUUUGGACAUUACUGUCAGUGUGUCACUACAAACUUUGUACAUUACUGUCAGUGUGUCACUACAAACUUUGGACAUUACUGUCAGUGUGUCACUACAAACUUUGUACAUUACUGUCAGUGUGUCACUGCAAGCUUGGGACAUUGCUGUCAGUGUGUCACUACAAACUUUGGACAUUACUGUCAGUGUAUCACUACAAGCUUGGGACAUUACUGUCAGUGUGUCACUACAAACUUUGUACAUUACUGUCAGUGUGUCAGUACAAACUUUGUACAUUACUGUCAGUGUGUCACUACAAACUUUGUACAUUACUGUCAGUGUGUCACUACAAACUUUGUACAUUACUGUCAGUGUGUCAAUACAAGCUUGAGACAUUACUGUCAGUGUGUCACUACAAACUUGGACAUAACUGUCAGUGUGUCAUUUCAAACUUGGACAUUACUGUCAGUGUGUCACUACAAACUUGGGACAUUACUGUCAGUGUUUCACUACAAACUUGGGACAUUACUGUCAGUGUAUCAGUACAAACUUUGUACAUUACUGUCAUUGUGUCACUACAAACUUUGUACAUUACUGUCAGUGUGUCACUACAAACUUUGUACAUUACUGUCAGUGUGUCAAUACAAGCUUGGGACAUUACUGUCAGUGUGUCACUACAAACUUGGACAUAACUGUCAGUGUGUCAUUUCAAACUUGGACAUUACUGUCAGUGUGUCACUACAAACUUGGGACAUUACUGUCAGUGUUUCACUACAAACUUGGGACAUUACUGUCAGUGUGUCACUACAAACUUUGGACAUUACUGUCAGUGUGUCACUACAAACUUUGGACAUUAGUCAGUGUGUCACUACAAACUUUGGACAUUGCUGUCAGUGUGUCACUACAAACUUGAGACAUUACUGUCAGUGUGUCACUACAAACUUGGACAUAACUGUCAGUGUGUCACUUCAAACUUGGACAUUACUGUCAGCAUGUCACAGUAGAUUCAAACUAUACUGUCAGUGUGUCACAUUAGACUCAAACUGUACUGUCAAUGUGUCACAGUAGACUCAAACUGUACUGUCAGUUUGUCACAGUAGACUCAAACCGUACUGUCAGUGUGUCACAGUAGACUCAAACCGUACUGUCAGUGUGUCACAGUAGACUCAACCUGUGCUGUCAUUAUGUCACUGCAGAGACUCAAACCAUGCUAUCAGUGUGUCACAGCAGCGCAAACUGUGCUGUCAAUGUGUCACAGCAGAAUCAAACUGUGCUGUCAAUGUGUCACAGCAGAACCAAACUUUGCUGUCAGUGUGUCACUGUGUCACUGCAAAGAUAGCUUUUGCAUUCUGUUACCAAGUGGGUCAAUUUAACACAGUAUGCUUUGAAGAUGAUCUCAGCUUCAGUUCCAUGUACCUACAUGAUAAUUCACCCAUAUCAUUCAUGUCAUUAUCUGCUUGAUAAACUUAUUGUUGAAGAUUAUUUAAAUACAUCAAAAGACAUAUUUAAUUCUAAAGCUGGAACCUUGAUAUCAAUAAUCCUUGUUGACUUAUGUUUACUUUUGUCCGAGAUGCCUGGAGUAGGAUAUUUGUAGUUAAUGGACGGUUAGUGUUUAUCAUGGUGUUGUUUCAUUUUUCAGCCUGUGUUCACAAAAUACAAUAUUCUGAUAUGUUUUGUAUAUAUAAUGCCUGUAUAUUUUGUGUCAGUACUAUGGAUGUAUUUGGAAAUGUUUCACAUAGUCUCCUUACAUCAAUAUAGUUUAUUCUGCAGUUUUUAAAGUUAGAUUUUUUUUGAAAGGUUGAUUGUAAUUUUUUUCACAAAAUGCUGUAUCCUUUUGUAAAAAAGGUCUUCUUGUUUUGAAGUUUGAAAAAUAAUCUUUUUAGAAACUUUAUACAAAAUAACUUCUUUUUGUAAACUUUUAUAAAAACAUUCCAGGCAUUUAAGUAAAAUACAGUUUUUAGACUGUUGUAUAAGUACUUAUACUUGAUCAAAUGGCUGAUAUUCAGAUAAAGUAUUCAUACAUAUAAUUCUAUAAAAUGCAUUUUACCUUAUACUGGGCCUAGGUGCUGAGCAUUUCCUGAUAACAAUGAUGAAGUUGAUGUAAGCUUGUGACAUAUCCUAUAAUGACUGCGACUGAUAUAAAUCUGUAUAUUGUUUAUAUAAUAUUUUUGGUCAUUGUUACUAAUCAGACAUAAACUUACCUUUAUAAAUUACAAUUCUGUGAUAUCUCUAAGGUUAGCAUCUUUACUGACUAAUUUAUAUGUAAAAAUUAACGAACAUUUCACUCUAUUUUUUCCUUAGAUAAGUAAAAAGACCUCAGCUGACCACUGAUUCCCUGACACUUUGGAAUGAAAUCAGCUGUUAUUUAAAAACGUGUUUGAUUAUAGACCUUUCUGUAUGCUAUUUACAUUAAGUACCAAUGCAUUUUCAUGUUACUUGCCAUGUAUGUGUACCAGUUUGUAUAGCUAUGUUAAACUCCGUUAAAUUGUCACUCCUGCACAUCUCAAGUAACAUUAAACACUUACUGAUGUUAUCAUGUGAUUGUAUGUUGAUAUGUUUAGCCCGCCAUCGUUGGAUGUUCGGCUAUUAAAAUUGUCCUACAUCUGUGGUCUGUCGUCCAUCUUUUAAAAAGUCUUAUUACUGUCUCAGUUCCCCUUGGUCACUAGCAGUGAAUUUUGAUUUUGGAACAGAUCAGAAAAUAAAAGCUAUUUCUUUAGAAGUGCUGGAUUGUUCUUAAAUUUCAUAUGUAGGUUCCCAUUGGUCCCUAGUUUUGCCCUUAUAAUUUUGGGACUUAUCAGAAAAACAAAAUGGUUGACAGACGGCCAUCUUUGAUUUUACAGUUUAGAAUUGUUAUUGCUAUUUUCUAAAAGGAAUUGUCAAAUUUCAUACACAUGUGAUUACAAGUAGAAUCAGAGGAAAGAUCAGGUCAGGGAAAAGCUCCAAUUAUAAAGGUUAAAUACAGAUGAAAUGGUGGGUGCUAAGAUCCCUCUGGGAUAUCUUGUAUAAAUGAAUAAUUUGAAUUUUUUUCCUGUUUUAUGAACAUUAGACUUGUGUAGAAUACUUUUUGUCAGAUUUAAAUAAUGGUCUAUUACAGAAUAAACGUCUCUAAAAGUGUGUUCGUAGUGGUAUUGUGUCACAUUCUGGGAAUGACAUACAUGUAUUGUUUUACCUUAGGGUUUUUUUUACCACAUUACCUCGGACACUGACAAAAUACUAUUGACAAUACUGUGUUCCUUGGUAUGCUGACACGGCAACCAGUGCUUCUGUCAUGUGUAGUCCUUAUUUCUUCUGGGAUGGUCUUGGGGGCAUUAUGUUGAUGGGAAAGUUCUUCCUGGUGAAAGUCAAGUCAUUAUAGUAUAAUGUAUGCAUUUGUGUUAAUUCAGUGUAAUAAAUGUUGUACUGUU